AAAUAAAGAAAAAUCCUGGAAUGAUUAGGUGUGUCCAAACUUUUGACUUUUACUGUAUUGUUUUUAGGAAGUAUAAGGUAGUUGGGACACUUGAGAAAACUGGGCAGACACAAGGCCAAGGUAAAACACAAAAAGAAAAGUCCUAAAAUGAUCAAGAUGUAGUGUUAAGGAUCAGGAUCAGACAUGCCUUAUUAUCCCAAAAUACUCCACUAAGGUGUGGUUGCUCAACCGCCUCCACAGUUAACACUCCAUAAUACUUUACUCCAGUCAGUCUGUUAGUCUGUCAUGUCCUUGCUAUGCCACCAAGCCGAGGCUUCGAACAGUAAGCCCCUACUAAUAAGAUGCAAAGCUCCAGUGUGUCAGGCAACAAUAUAUGAUUCAACCAGAACAGGAUUUAUUUAGACAGGGUAAAGGUCCCACUUAUAUGUGUAUUACUUACUUGGGAAAUUAGGUUCUGAUGUAAAAUUCACUGGCAUUUGGAAGGCUUGAUUUACAUGAAAAAGUAUUGUUACAUGACAAACAUAAGGAAAGGUAUUUUGCUAUUUACAGUGCUGCCUGUUCAGAAAAUAAAUGUUAAAUUAACCAGAUGGAUAAUGGAAAGCUGUGCACACAGCCAUGGAAGAAUUCCUGGAAGUCCUGGUUCACCAGGGGAAAAGCAAUCACAUUCCUGCCAACAGAUAAAAGGAUUACUCUAGCCUCAUGUCUGCUGUUUUCUGAAGCAGCUACUACUUUUUGCAAGACCAGGCAGCGGCACAAAUCUAGAAAGAGCAGGAGACGUUGCUGGACUCAGGUUCUAAAUUUAACCCCCCACCUCCCAUUCCCUCCCUCCCUCGCUUCGCCUGUCAUGCAUCUGCGGUGUUGGGAGAAGAGAUGGUUGAAAUAUGGUCUGCAGGAGGUCAGAGGGGUCUGGGGGUUGUGUGAAUGUGGGGUGGAGGGACAGGGAGGGAUGAGGUGCACGUCUAUUAUCUCAUUGCCGGACAGAAAGGGGAUUGGGUCUAGACAUCGUGACAAAAGAGGGUGGGUUAGUACUGUUGUGAAGGGGGGUUGCUCAGGAGCCCCACUAUUAAACGCAAGGGGUGAGCUAGGAAGGAGUGUGUAAGUUAUUGUUGGUUACUUUCUGGAAGAAACGUUCAAUCAGGAUGCCAGAGCCGGUCAAAAAAACAGUCUCAGCAUUUGCCAAGAAACCAAAGACUCAGGUGGCAGAGGAAGGGGCAACAGUGGUUUUUGAGACCGAGACAGAGAAGCCUGAUGCGAAGGUGAGAUGGCAGAGCAACACAAAGGACCUUGCCUCUGGCGACAAGUAUGUGAUCAAGGCAGAUGGAAACAAGCACUCACUUACCAUCCAAGCAGUCACCAAUGAGGACGGCACUGCCUAUGCAGUGAUUGCCGGAGGGUCAAAAGUCAAGUUUGACCUUAAGGUGAAGGAGAAAGAAGUCAUGGAGGAAGUCAAAUUGGAAGUGAAGGAGGAAGUGAAGAAGGAAGUGAAGGAGAAGGAAUGUGGGAGUCUAUUAGGUUGUAGACCUUUUUCCAGAGCCAUACUCACGUAUGAGCACAGUGUGAGGAGCACCGAGCACAGUGUGAGGAGCACCGAGCACAGAGGCCACCAAACACCAUAAACAUGUUUUUUGAACACUGAGCACUGUUUACUGCACUGCUGGUUGUUAUCGCCUUCAAUCACAGUCUGUUUUAGACAAUUACUUAGUAUGUUUCAUUUCAUCAAGCACAGAGCACAGUGUGUACUGUAACAUUACCUACAUAGUUGACCACACAGCAACCCUUUCAGCCUGGCAGUAGGAACUGUGUGUGGUUUGAUAAAAUGCCUGGGGUCAGAGAGAGAGAGUGGCUGUGGAGAGCUCAGACUUGGAGCAGCUCCAGCCUGUCCAGUGCUGCUGUGAUUCACAUCAAACCCUCCCUGAUGACCUUCACCCUGGCCUGACACAAACAGAUGGUUUCCUCAUGAGUAACCACAGCAGUGCUCAGGAUAGAUAGUCACAAGAGGCAUCUGACACCCGCACACAAAUACAUUACAGAUAGGCCCACUCAGAGCCAUCUACCAAAAGAUUGUCUAUUAUAUUGACAAGAUAGUCGAUUGACCACUCCAACAAUGGAAAUACAUGUCCUUUAAAGAUAGAA